AUGGCAUCCGGAGAUCCAGCAGAAAAUGAAACUUCCGUGACAUUAUUUCUUAAAUAUAAAAAGGAAUUUGAAACAGUUAUCUUAGAUAUUCCUAACACGAAACGGGGAGGAAAAGGUGAAAAUCCUGGAAGGAAAUGUGGUAAAAUUCAGAGAAAAUAUCAUGAUUUUACUACACCAUGCCAAGAAGUUGGUAGAUAUUUAAUUGAAAUAAAGGAACUCUAUAAACAUGAUAGCCUCAAACGUUGUAAAUACUUAAAUUACCUAAUCAAUUCAGAUGAAAAAUACAAUAAUUCAAGUUGGUUUCAGGGAUAUAAAGAUUUUUCGUCCCAAACAGAAAAUAUAUGCACAGACGAAAUAAAAACUAUUCCGAAGGAAUCUUUAGAUAAACUUAAAAAAAUAUAUGGCUAUUAUGAUAAUUUCAGCACAUUUAAUGGUAAAGACAAUGACUCCGAUGGUAAUAUUUGUAAAAGUGUUAGAGAAUGUUAUAACAUUUAUAACGAUAAUUACAAUAAAUGUCAAAAAAAUAGCAAUGACCCUUUUUGUGAGGAGUUAAUCAAUUUUAAGUAUGCAUAUGAUGAUAAAAUGAAUAAAUUCACUCCAUGCGAAGGUUUGCCACAAACAUUACCACAAACAGAACAAAUUUCAACACAAAUAUUACCACCUACAGAAGAUGUAGAUUACUUAUUUGUUCCCAUUUUAACAACAGCUAUCGUAUUACUAAUGUCAUUCACUAUAUUUUUUUUAUAUAAGUUUACUCCACUGAAAUCUUGUAUAUAUUAUCGUUUACGAAAAAAAAAAAUUAUUGAACUUAACAAAUUUCAAGAAGAAUCGAUAGAAUCCUUACAAAACCUUCAUGAAGAAGUAAAUAGAAAUUAUAAAGGAAGUUCUCAUAAUAUAACUUAUCAACCUCAAGGAAACACUUGA